AAGUGGGGCAAACGCGAACGCGCGCGCGCGUGUCAGCUGCCAACCAAGAUGGCGGCGGCGCGGACGUCAGUAACGGGAGCUGCAUGAAGACCUAACGGUUGUUCUCCGGGAGGAACCGAGCGGCUGAGCCGGGGCGACCCGCCCCUCUGUGUUGCGAACCGGGACCCGAGCCGACCCACCGACGGGGAGCCGAACGUUCACACACCGGCCGCCUGUUGGCGGUGAUGGGAAACAAUGGAGGACAAAGGCCCCCGUGUAGCCGACUACUUUGUGGUAGCCGGUCUGACGGACCCCUCCAAGCCUUUGGACCAGGAGAUCCACUUUGAUGAUGUGUGCCACAAGACUGCAAAGCCCAAAGCUCCCGUCACAGACGUGGCUGUGGUGAUCCGGUCUUUGGGCGAGGAAGCCCCCCCGGGGUUCACCUGCAUAGAGACCACACCAACCGGCCAAUCAGCGGAUCUGAACAACGGAGGGCUCAUGGCGCCUCAGAUCUUCCUGUGCUACAGGCGAGGCCGCGACAAGCCGCCACUCACGGACCUGGGGGUGCUGUUUCAGUGGAAGGAGCGGCUGAAGCAGGGCUGCCACCUCAUACAGACCACGCCCUUCGGACGCUCGGCCAACAUCAGCGGGAAUUCAUCCCAACGCAUUUACAUCACCUACCGCCGGGCUCCUGAUAGCCAGCCCCACGCUGCCCUGGCCGUCACAGACAUCUGCAUCAUCAUCCCCAGCAAAGGGGAGACGCCUCCACACACCUUCUGCAAGGUGGAGAAGAACCUGAACAGCAGCAUGUGGGGCUCCUCUGUGUUCCUGUGUUACAAGAAGUCUGUGGCUAAAACCAACGCGGUGGUGUAUAAAGCAGGGUUAUUCAGCAGAUAUCCAGAGGAGGACUACGAGUCUUUUCCUCUUCCAGAGUCCGUCCCUCUGUUUUGCCUUCCCAUGGGGGCCAUCAUUGAAUGCUGGCCAGCAAACACCAAAUACUCGCUUCCCAUUUUUUCCACCUUUGUCUUCACCGGAGCGUCUGGAGAGAAGGUUUACGGCGCUGCCAUCCAGUUCUAUGAGCCCUAUCCGCCGGAAUGCCUGACAAACCAGCAGCUCUGCCGGCUGGGCCUUCUGAGUGCAGAACAGCUUUCCAACACGAACCCUGCCGGUUCUAGCUGCUCCGUCCACACCAACAAGUGCAUCUGCCUGCUGUCCCACUGGCCCUUCUUCGAUGCCUUCCGGAAGUUCCUCACAUUCCUGUAUCGAUACUCCAUCUCCGGCCCUCAUGCCCUGCCCAUCGAGAAGCACAUCUCCCACUUCAUGCACAAAGUUCCCUUUCCUUCGUCCCAGAGGCCUCGCAUCUUGGUCCAGCUUUCUCCACAUGACAGCCUGAUGCUGAGCCAGCCUGCUUCCUCUCCAUUACCACUCAGCGGAGGACGCUUCUCCACGCUGCUGCAGAACCUGGGACCCGAGAACGCCGUCACCCUGCUGGUGUUCGCCGUCACCGAACACAAGAUCCUGGUUCACUCGUUACGGCCGGCGGUGCUGACCAGCGCCACAGAGGCCUUGGUGUCUAUGAUUUUCCCGUUCCACUGGCAGUGCCCUUACAUUCCCCUGUGCCCCUUGGCCCUGGCUGAUGUGUUGAGUGCCCCCUGUCCGUUCAUAGUGGGGGUGGACUCGCGCUACUUCGACCUGUAUGACCCUCCUCCCGAUGUGAGCUGCGUGGACCUGGACACAAACACCAUCUUCCACUGUGAAGACAAGCGAGGCCUCACAUGGAAGAUCCUGCCAAAGAAACCCUGUAAGAACCUCCUGAAUGUUCUAAGCAGACUCUACCAGGAGCUGCUUGACGGUCAGUGUCAGCUUGAUGGGUUGCUGGAGCUGAGCAUGAGCGAUUCCCCGGAGCUGAGCUGUGGGAAAAGUCUUCACACGCUGGAGCUGGAGAUUCGGGAAGCCUUCCUGCGCUUCAUGGCUGCUAUUCUGAAGGGUUACCGUUCUUUCCUCAGACCCAUAACCCAAGCACCUUCAGAGAAAGCAACAGAUGCAAGCUCUCUCUUCGACCUGCAAGGGUUUCUGAAGAGCCGUGACCGCUCUCAUCAGAAGUUUUACUCUCUAAUGACCAAAACCCAGAUGUUCAUCCGCUUCAUCGAGGAGUGCUCGUUCGUCAGCGACAAGGACGCCAGUCUGGUCUUCUUUGACGAAUGCGUGGACAAAGUGGACGGGGAGAAGCUGGAGGACGCCCGGCUGAUAGAGACGGAUGAGUCCCAUCGCAGCGAGCACACCGUCUUCAUCACACCCCCAGAGCUGCCCCCCCUCCCUGGGGUGGAGGAACACCCCCUGUGCUACAGGUACGAUGGCUUUCCCGUGCUGAGCCUGGACCUGUUUGAUCCCGUGGCCCCCACCCCGGACGGCCUGCAAGCACCCUCGUCCCGCCUGUCUGCCCGGCACAGCUGCCCCAGCAGCCCCGCCCCCAUGUUCAGACGCACCAAGCAGGAGAUCAGGUCGGCCCAGAAGAUGGCUAAGAAGUACUCCUCCAUCCCUCAGCUGUGGUCCAAGUGUCUGCUGCGCCACUGCUACGGGCUGUGGUUCAUCUGUCUGCCCGCGUACGUCAAGGUGUGCCACUCCAAGGUGCGGGCGCUCCGCUCUGCCUACGACGUCCUGCGCAAGAUGCAGACGAAGAAGCUGCAGCCCCCCGAUGAGGUCUGCUACAGGGUGCUCAUGCAGCUGUGCGGGCAGUACGGACAGCCGGUCCUGGCCGUCAGAGUGCUCUUUGAGAUGAAGAAGGCCGGAGUCCACCCCAACGCCGUCACCUACGGAUACUACAACAAGGCGGUGCUGGAGAGCACGUGGCCUUCCAGCAACAGAGGAGGGUACUUCCUGUGGAUGAAGCUCAGAAACGUGCUCCUGGCCGUGGCUCAGUUCAAGCGAUCCCUUUCCCGGCCCGCACUCCUCACCCAGAGCCCGCUUUCAGAUGUCAGUGACCUGGAUGCUGUGAGUCACGGCAGCCUGGAUAGUUCUGCUGAUCCGGGUCCGUCCGCCGCCGAUGACAGGUCCAGUACAGUUGGUGGUGGGGGUGCCAGGUCCAGGGGGGUUUAUGAGCUCAGAGAAGCCCCUCUCCAUGAAGGAGAUCAGUCUGAUCUGGGCUACAACUCCCUGUCCAAAGAGGAGGUGUGGAGAGGGGCAGCGCCUCCCCAAGACAGCAGGAAGGAGAGCGACUGCAGCUCCCUGUCAGAGACGGAGAGCUCCAAAGGAAGUAGGGACUGCCUCCCCCAGCUGGACGCGGAUCCCUCCUUCAAACCUCGUGGGAUCGUCCGCAGCAGCUUCCCGUACGAGUCCUCCUGUAAACCCAGGAGCUGCAGCGGUUCAGGUCACGUGGCGGGUCUGCUCUUCACCGCCUCCCUGGAUGACAUCGGCGAGGUCCACAGCAACACUUUGAUCAGGAGGCACAGGAGCGCCCUGGAGGAGGCGGUCGCCGGCUUGGCGCUGGAGCGGCCGGUUGUGAGGGGCCGCCACCUCAGUGGGGACACUGAGAACGGCGGCGGCGGUGGGAACACCCUUCUCGGUGGUGGAGCCAGCCAAAGUGAAACUGGUCCAGAGAAGAAGGGGGGACACUUGGGGGGAAAAACCCAAAUAGUCUCGUGUGUGAAGCUCCACAGUCCUUUGGCUGGGGGGAAGUUGGAAGGAUCGGCUUCUACCGGGCGGUGUCCCAGGAGUCUGGAAGAGGGGCGGGACUCCAGCGAUGAGGACAGGAACAACGCUGAGGCCAUUUUUGAUUUUGAGGAUCUGGAGCUAGACGCAGUAAAACCGCCCGUCAAACGCAGCAUCAGCUGCAGUGGCGUGACCGCCUCAGUCGGCAAGGGGACGGUCAAGCGCACCGACAUCCAAACGGGUGACGACCCUCUUUCUGUCCUGGCAGCAGAGUCGGAAAGCGGGCGCCCGGGAACGGCGCCACGGGGGGAGGAGCUCGGAGCGCUGAGAGCACGCAGAAACCUGGCCAGGGAGAUCGAGCUGUACCUGAACCAGCUGGACAGCCCUCUGAGCAGCCGCACCCCCAGCCUGGACCUGCAGGACCUCGCCAGCCCCCCCCUCCUGCACCCAGCCCCAAACCCCGCCUUCCGUAGGUCCAGUCUCCCCUAUGGCUCCCCCUGCAGGACUGUGGAAAUGCCACGCUCUCACACUUUUCACCAAACGUCACCUGCCCAACCCAUCUCACCUCAGAGUCCGUGGACCCCCCCCCUCAGUCAGAGCUCCAGCACCGGCGCGAGCCCUGGGCCCAGCCCCUUCCAGGAGAGGGCUGACAGGAUGGGCCUGGUGUCGGCCUCCUCCUCCUCUUUUGCCCUUGACACCCUGCUCACGCCGAGCCUGGACGUGUUCAAGACCGGCGUCUUCUCUGCUGGGAGGGGCGUGGCUGAUAAGGCCAGCCGCUGGUACUCCCGUUUUGCCACCUACACCGCUCCAACCAAGGACGGCCACAGCGACAGCCUGAGCGUGUCCUCCCUCGACAUCGGAGACCUGGACUCCCCACCUCUGCUGGAUGAGGACGAUUGUAAGGAGUCCAAGAUGUCAGUGGUCUCUCCUCUGAACAGUGGUCCAGUGGGGCCCCGCAGGAGCCCCAGGCGGAGCCCCCUUCACAGCAGGCCGCACAGCUCCGCCUCAGACCCCCGCCGUGGCAGACCCACAUCUCUUCCUGCCGGAUGUGUGCUGUCUCCCCCUGACCUCCCGCCGCCGGACAAGUCUGACCUCAGCUCGUCACGCUACACCAGCAACACCAGCAUUUUCAACAGCUGCGCUAUGGAGCUGCUGAUCUCCAGCUGCUCCCGCUGUAAGACCUGCGACUGCCUGGUUUAUGAUGAGGAGAUCAUGGCUGGCUGGACUGCCGACGACUCCAACCUGAACACCACCUGCCCCUUCUGCGGAAACCCCUUCCUGCCUUUCCUCAACGUGGAGAUUCGGGACAUGCGAGGACCUGGCAGGCUUUUCUUGAAGGGCAGUCCCUCUGUGGACGAGGCCAUGACGUCCUCAUACUCCACGGGCAUGGACACGGAGACUUCUACCGCGUCCACGCCAUGCCCCACAACCGCAGUCUCCCCUCCCUCCCCCAGCACAGCCGCACUGCAAGGAAGCUUUGACAGAGCUCCGGGUAUCAGCAUCCCCACUGAGCGACACCAGGGGGCGCUGUCCUCCUCCAUGACCCGAAGCGUCACCAUCUUCGGUCCUUUAGAGGAAACAUCCAGUUUCAGCCCCCGACUGCAGACAUCCGGCAGCCUGCCCACCCGCCUGAACGAACCAGUGGACCCGCUGAAUGUGGAGUGGAGUGUCCACAGCCCCGAGCCGGUGACGGUUCCCUACCUGAGCCCGCUGGUCUUGUGGAAGGAGCUGGAGAGCCUGCUGGAGAACGAAGGAGAUCCGGUCAUCACCGAGGCCGACAUGGUGGACCACCAUCCCAUCAUCUACUGGAACCUCAUCUGGUACUUCAGACGGCUGGACCUGCCCAGCAACUUACCGGGUCUCGUCCUCACAUCGGAGCACUGCAACAGGGACUCCCAGAUUCCUCAUCACUGGAUGUCAGAGGACAGCAAACAUGUGUUGAUCCAGAUACUGUGGGACAACCUGAAGCUGCAUCAGGACCCUGUCCGGCCUCUCUACAUCCUCUGGAACACCUACAAUGUGGGCUACUCGGUGACACGGCCGGUCCCAGAGGAGGAGAAGGCCUUCAGCGAGGAGGUGCUGCAGAGCGUGGUGAGGAGCAUCCAGAGGAACGACGUCAGCCGGCCGAUGGCUCAGCUGCUGCAGCUGCACAGCCAGACCCUCGGGGUCAGAAGGCAAAGGAGUUUGUACAGAGACAUCCUCUUCCUCUCUCUGGUGGCUCUGGGAAAAGACAACAUUGAUAUUGACGCCUUCGAUCGGGAGUACAAGUUGGCGUUUGAUCGUCUGGCGCCGAACCUGGUGAAGCUGACACACAACUGUGACCGUCCCCCGAGCACAGGCGUCAUGGAGGUUCGGAGGACGUUCGGGGAGCCGUACCUGUGAGGCGUCACGCAGCGGGCGCCAGAACAGCAGCUCAGGAGGGGGGAACGUUUGGGGUGACCUUCAGGGAUGAAGGUCAAGCCUUUCCUAACCUGAUGGCAGACACAUGAAGAACCCUCUUCCUCCACAGGUUCUGUGGGGAUCCUGUGGUGAUGGCAGACACCAUGAAAGAAGUCCUCUGGGAUCAAAACUCAUAGCAGCAAUAUGUGAAUUUCUGUUGCCAGCUUGAUUUCAUUUGCACAGUGCUUUUCUGGUUUGUGUCUGCUGACUCAGCAUAACGUGAAAAAGUGGAUGGCUUCAAAUCGAAGCCGUCUGAGCUUCAGGAGAUGCAGCCUCCAGCAGGAGAUGACCUUUAGUGACCUUUAGUCUGUUCAGCCAAGGUCAACGUGGGAGCAGAAUGGAUCCACAACUUCUCCUGAAGGGACGUCCUCUGCAGCACAGCUACGGUCUAGAUACCAUCAGACCCUAACCGAAAAACACGACAGCUCCUGUGAAGUCCAGUGUAGCACAAACGGACCUUCUGGAGACGUUUUGACCUUAAGUCUAACCACAGAGGGGAACCACGGGCGACUGUUUCACUUUCAAUACCUCCCACCAAACACUUCAGAUGAAACCUCAGAGUAGGAGCUGGAUUUGAACCCCUGAUCUAAUCCUCAUGGGGCAGCUGCUCAACCCAGUCUGAAGGAGGGUAGAUGAGGACUGCCCCCCUCACAGAACCAGCCCCCGUGUGGUGAACUGAUGGACCAAUCCGGCUCCAGCUUUUUUCCAUUUGUCGGGCCUUAAAAGGGAAGACUGUUUACAUUAUUAUUUUAUCUUUUAAGAAAGGUUUAUUUAAAGUUAACAGAAAUGUCUAUGCAAUAGUUUGGACAAAAUCUACAGUCUAAAACUGUCAGUGAUGAUGUCAUUCAGACAAAAGUCAGACUGCAUUCAUGCUGGAUCCUGUGUGACGCCAGCAGCGGUUCUGGGUGGAAAUGGACCCGUGGGGCUCAGCAGGCAGUGGAAGCACUUUGACUAGGAUGUUUCACAGUCAGCACGGCGUCCGCUCUGCUGUUCAGGGGUUGUGAUGGAUGUAUGGAAGCAGAGGUGCAGACCAGCAAACUGCACUGAUCUACCAACAGAGACAGAAGAAGCACAGAGGGCCGCGCUGAGGCAGGUUUGCCCUGAACGGCUGGAAACAGUCCGGCUGAGGACUCAGCGUGAUGUCACUGAUACUCAGUUCAUGUCAAAUCCCAGCCCUUUAGUCCUUUUAGAGGACAGGAGAAGAACCCAACCGUCUCAUCGGCACAGUGGAGCCAGAGUGGAGCCGGCCUUCUGCCUCCGUUUGGUAGACAGUAGAUGUUUGUCUGAAGCUGCUGAAAGCAUCUCCACCUCUGGAAUUCAACAAGAACGUCGAGGAGCCUCAGCAACGUGUCCCACAUCUCAUCUAGGAAUGUGCUGCUUUAGACCUUUAGGACAUUGACCUGAAACUAAUUCUGCUUUAUGUCUCUUGUGUUCUGUCUGAAGUUCCAUACUUUAUGUCAAAUUCAGACUUUAAUCCUCUCAGAUUCAGUGUUUGUCAUCACAACCAGCUUUGAGUUCCUUCCAUGUUUCAAACGGUGGAUGAGGGGGUCACCAGGUACCUGACCUGUGUGGAGCUGAGGCGGGGCUGAACCACUUCCCUUUUCUCAGUAGAAGGUACUUUUCUGCAUCUUCAGCCUGGAUCGUUUUAGUUCAGGCUCUGAAUGAGUUCUGGAGCAUCCCUCAAACGGGACAGAACUGGACCGCUCAGAAACGCUGACACUCAGUACCAGUCAAGUGUUGGACACACCGUCUCAGUCCCGUAGGACAGCAGGUGUUCCACCAACCAAAAGGCGGCCCUGUUUGGAAGAAGACCCUGGGCUGAAGUCCUAGAAGGUCCGAGGAGUCUCAGCCAAGGCUGCGACUUUCACCAAAACUGGAAACGUUAGCAGAUUGCACUAAAAGAGUCCAGGACCUGGAUGAGGAUGAGGAUGAGGAACUCUGUGGAAGGUUCACAGGAUGGAACCGUUUCAGACACGACCCGUCUAGUCCUGUCCUGUUUUAAACCAAGACUGUGAAUAAAGUUAUUUCAAAUUCUCACAGUUGUUUGUUUUGUAGGGACACUGAGGAAAGCCUCCUGACACGAAGCUGGAAGAUGGAGAACAGAGGUCUGGUGCUGCAGAGCGAUGAAAGUCUGAGAUCAGACAGCUUUGAAAAGUCUGGAGUUACUCUGGCAAAUAAAAUUCAUAGGAACAGAAAACAGGGAGGGGCUGAGCAGGAAAAUAAAAACAAAGUGGAAAAUUACUUUUGAAAUACUGUAUCCAGUUCAGCAGGUGGGAGCUGAAGGCCUUUUGGGGUGAACAGAUCUGUUACUAUGGGGGGUGUUGUUGCCUCAGACACAGGAGGCGCAUUUUUGAAUAAACAACUUCCGUAUUUGA